ACCGACAGUCACAUGAUGACGCAGGAGUCACAUGACGUUUGUUAGACGCAGCAGCUAAAAUCCUGCGGUUGAGUCUCCAGAUCUCGGUCAACAUCACUCUUCUCACGUACAGCUCAGGUUAAAUAGACAGUCAAACAGGUUAGAAAGGCAGUCUGGGUCGACAGAGUGGUUGCAGAUGGAGGUAGAGGAGAUGGAAGAUGAGGGACCUUCAUCCCAGAGUGAAGAUCUCCAGCUGGCACUGCAGGACUCACUGGAGGGCUCAGCCCCUGUGGAGAAUGUGUUUGUGGAUAAGAAAGCAGUGGUCAAACUCACAGAGGGAUUACUCUCUCACUACCUACCAGAUCUACAGAACUCUAAACGAGCCCUUCAAGAGCUCACACAAAAUCAGCUGGUGCUGUUGGACACACUGGACCAAGAAGUCACCAAGUUCAGAGAUUGUAACACCUUACUGGACCUGAAUUCACUCUUUGUAGAGGCGAAGGUUUACCACAAUAAACUGGUGAAUAUAAGGAAAGAGAUGAUUAUGCUUCACGAAAAGACAACUAAACUAAAGAAAAGAGCAUUGAAGCUGCAGCAACAGAAGCAGAGGGAGGAGCUGGAGAAGGAGCAGCAACGAGAGAAGGAGCUCGAGAGAGAACGACAGCUUAUCGCCAAACCCGCCAAAAGAACGUAGGAUCCCCAAGUCUGCUGUAUUAAUGGAACAUACAGGUGGUUUUGCAUGUCUUGGCCUAUUUAUUACAUAUCAACUACGGUGCAUUACUGCUGCUGACCAUUUUCCAAAGUGCAAGUUUUUUUUGUGUAUUUUUGAAAUUUUUGGCCUUUUCUUGGUUAGAGUAGAGAAUCAUAGUCGGGGCACAAAGAUGGAGUUGAGAUGCAGCCUACGACCAGGAGCGCUGCGUUUACAUCCCAGACUCAACACCCUGGGCUUCUUAGGUCUUUGAAUGCAUCUCCCUGCCAUCCAUGCAUUAUCAUCAAUCCAUUACGAAGAAUAUCGACGUGUACUUGAAUAUUUUAGGGAAGAACAAUCCAUCAUUAGCGAUCUGCCAGAGAAGAAGAAGAGCAAGCGGCACAAUGCUAUUGUUGCACUGUGGAUGACUGCAAUUUAGAAUACAAGUUCUGUGAGCGUUCAGGGAGGAGGGAACAAGUCUACGAGUUUCCGCCCAACUAAUCUUUUUCUGAGAGCUAUAGAAUAUUAUAUCAUCCAUCUUUGCUCACCACAUCUCAGCCUUUAUUACCCUCAGAUGUGAAUACACUACAGGUCAGGAACCUUCUUCUUUGUUUAUCUUGUGGGUAUCUGCCAUGAGAACUGGGUAAUUAUUGGUAUCUGCUGAAAAAAAUCCAUAUCAUGCAUCUCUGCUGUUUUUGUCUAACUUAAAUUAUUAUGAGGUGAUACUGCAGUCGAAAGCGCUCACUAAUGUGACAGGUUUGCACAAUACCCCAGUUAAGAUAAACAAUAAAAGGAGACCUGUUUUUUACAAUGCUUUACAGCCGGUCUCAGCAGUUUUUAUAGUGCAGACCUGUUUAAUUGGAAUUGUGUAACUUGAGUCAAAGUUUACUGACCGUUAGCUAUUUAAAAACAUUUUUGGUGGACGGCUUCUUCAAUCAAACGUGUUGCAAGAAAUGGUUUGAAGUUGCUGGAACAGGACUGCAAUUUGAUUUAAACACACUUACGUGUUGGCUUUGUUUCCAACAGUAUAACAGAAAACACUGUAAAUGUCUCUUAUAGCAUUUGAAAUAAUUUCUGCAGAACAUGCUUGACUUUGGGUGCAUUAGUUGUUAUAGUGAGUUUGUAGCUCGACUGCUGUUGUUUCUUAACUUGUACCACACUCACCCAUCUGCAGUAGCAAACAAAUAAGAACAAUCUAGAACUUUUCAAUUUAAAGCCUUUAAAAAACAUCUUUGUAAGAAUUUGAUUAAAAAAAAAAAAAAAUGCUAAAAUGCUUUGGAAAAUGGUCACUUUAUAGAUAGUACAUGUGAUUCAUAGCAAAUGGGCUUCAACUUGCAAAAGCUCUGGUAUGAUCCUUUAUGUCCGACACUUGCCAAGAUGACCAUAAACCAAAGACAUGGACUGAAUCUUCAAAUGCUGGUUCUUCUAUCAACCUCUGGUGACACACGAAAUGAACUGGAACAAAGAAAGUUUUGACAAUGAGCAGGAGAAUCAAUGCGUUUGCUGUCUUUUGUUUAAGAUGAAGUGUUAAUAUAUGUUGUUGUUGUUGUUGUUGUUGGGCGUUGUGCCUAGUUAGUAUUGAAUGUUAUUAAAACAACAAAAGGUAUGUUGUAUAAAAUCAGAUAGGUCUGCACUAAACUGUAUUUCUGGUGUCCAGAUUUUAUGAGAAUGGAUGAUAAGAUGUACCAAACUUCGCCCCCUGUCAUACAGAGCCAUCUGUACAUUUGUUUAACAGACCUUUCGAAAGGCUUCUAUGCACUACUGGAACUCCACUGUUUGUAUUAUUAAUAAUAAAAGCAACACAAACUGAUCUGUAAAAUGAAGAUCAGUAAAAUUA